AUGUACAAGCAGGCUCUGUUCAGAAGCGUUUCGAGUGUCUACAACAUCCCUGGAAUCUCUGCUGAGAUGAUGGGCCUGAUUAUUGACCACGCGUACGCGCGCCCCGUCACCAUAAACCAAGAGAACGUAAAGGAGCUGCUGAUUGCCGCUGAUUACCUGUGUGUCCUGGACCUCCUGCAAGCCUGCUGCCAGUUCCUGGAGGACCAGCUGUGUGUGGAGAACUGCAUUGGCAUCUGGGGGUUUGCUGAGUUCUACUCGUGCUUGCAGCUGCAGCAGAAAGCCUACCUGUUCAUCCUGCACCACUUUGAAGAGAUAGCGCGCACAUCUGAGGAGUUCCUGGACCUGUCGCUGCCGCAGCUGAUAAGCAUCAUUGUGAAGGACGACCUGAACGUCCAAGAGGAAACGCUGGUCGAGGCCAUCCAGCGCUGGAUCUCACAUGAUCCAGAUGACAGGCAGGUCCACCUCCCCGCCCUACUGUACUGUGCACAUAAGACAGAUAAGGGUGAAACGGCUCAAGGCCCAUGA